AUAAAACCAAGGCACGGUUGACUUUACAUUCAUUCUCUGGGACUGUUGUUUCUCACGGUUCUCGGAACCCACGGGUGUUUUGCACCACCACUAAAAACGGGCAGAGUCAAUUAUCUGGGGAACUCUUGACAGAACAGCGGCUGCAAUCCCCGGCUCAGUGGCUCGGGGCGUGUUUUUUCUACUGUGGGUGUUCCCAAGCAGGACGUGGGCGGAACGCUCCCCCGCAACAGUGAUUGAGGCUCCGAUGUUUCGUGGGAAAGAAGUUCAGUGGGAUUUGUGUAGUCGCCAGCGAAGGCUACCUGGACGCACGUUUACUGUGGUAUUGAGGUUACAAACACAGCUUUCACCAUGAAGAGGCCUUGUGAGGACACUACCUCUGAUAGUGACAUGGAUGAAACUAUUGAUGUUGGAAGCGAAAAUAACUAUUCCGGACAAAGCAGCAGCUCGCUUAUUAGAUCCAACUCCCCAACAACAACGUCCCAAGUUAUGGCAAGGAAAAAAAGAAGAGGGAUUAUCGAGAAGAGACGGAGAGAUCGAAUCAAUAACAGUUUAUCGGAAUUACGUCGGCUUGUUCCAACUGCAUUUGAAAAACAGGGAUCUGCCAAACUUGAAAAAGCAGAAAUAUUGCAGAUGACAGUAGAUCAUCUCAAGAUGCUCCAGGCAACGGGAGGUAAAGGGUUUUUCGACGCCCACGCGCUGGCCAUGGACUUCAUGAGCAUCGGGUUCCGGGAGUGCCUGACGGAAGCGGCUCGGUACCUCAGCUCCGUGGAGGGCCUGGACUCCAGCGACCCGCUGCGCGUGCGCCUGGUCUCCCACCUCAGCACCUGCGCCUCCCAGAGGGAGGCGGCCGCCAUGACCACGUCCAUGGCCCACCACCACCACGCCGCCCUCCACCCGCACCAGUGGGCCGCCGCCUUCCAGCCCAUCCCCGCCGCCUUCCUCCAGCAGAGCGGGCCCCCUUCCUCCUCCUCCUCGGAGAGCGCCUCCGGCAGGCCGUCGGAGACCCCCCAGCGAGGCUCCGCCCUCCUGACCGCCACCUUCUCCCACAGUGACUCCGCCCUCAGGGCGCCCUCCGGUGGCGGCGUGGCUCCUUGCGUGCCGCCGCUCUCCACGUCCCUGCUGUCCCUCUCAGCCACCGUACACGCAGCUGCGGCCGCCGCUGCCGCCCAGACGUUCCCCCUGUCCUUCCCCGGAGGAUUCCCCAUAUUCGCGCCCAGCGCCGCCGCCGCCGCCGCUGCCGCCUCCGUGGCCGUCUCGGCCAUCAGCCCCACGUUAUCGACCGCGUCGGCGUCCCAACAGACCAACGGCGGCAGCGGCGGCGGCAGCAAGCCGUACCGGCCUUGGGGGACAGAAGUGGGAGCCUUCUGAGCCAGUCUGUCUCAAGGCUGUCCGCGUGGCUGGAAGUCUUCCACAUUUUUUGUAGAUAUAACGGAAAACCUUUUUUUUUACUUCUUCGGUUGGAGAUUCUGCACAGAGCGCACAGACUUCGCCCGCCAGCUUUUCGUCCUGUGUCUUAGCUGUGUGCAGAACCGAAGCACCUGCAUUUUAACAUGCAACGGGAAAUGAAGGACGGUGGAUAGUGUUUACAUACGGCACACAAACUGGACAAACCUGACAGUGUCAAAGAUUACAAAAUGGAAAACAGCACUCAGUUUGGAUCUCUUCAUAUUGCUUUAUUUCCUUUCCUUACCCCUUUUCAGAGCAGUUAUGGGUAGUGGCUACUCAAAUAUGUCAAUGGUACAGUUUCCCGCCAACAGUUGGGCCAUUCUGUUUAUGUGUGGCAAUAGAGGGCCUUGUGUCUGUCUUCCAAUGUGUUUGAUACAGUGGAGGCACCUGGGAUGGUUCCAUCCAUUAUCAUUCAAUCCUAAAUUUAAGGAGGUUGUCCAAGCUGGUGCGAAUGGCAGUGUCGAUUUAAUGGGGGAAAAAACCUACAAUAACCCAACAGGUUAAAUGCUGGGGGUUGUUUUAAUCCCAUAACUCCAGGAGACAUCUUAUAAACAGGAUUUAACACCAAACAGUCUGUGAUCUUGCUACUGUACUUGACCACACACAACGACAAAUAAGACAAUACAACAACAAAUAGAAUGUGGUCUUUGUUUUAUGUGAAUCACAAAAAAUGAACCUUGAAGCAAAACCAAAGGUUUUUUUGAGAUAAUCAAUCAGACAAAUUGCAGUGUGUUUGAAUCCGAAAACUAACAAGUUUGUAAAUAUGUACAUGUAUGAUAUCAUAAGCUAGAGGUUUAUAUUAAAGAUAGAAACUUGCUUUAAUUCAUGAUGAUGCACUUCAGUUCUCUACUGUGUAAAGAGGGACAAAAAAACAUUUCAGUGAGAAUGUAUAUGACAGAUACAAAUUCGUAACCAACAAAACACUCAGAAAGUAAUGUUAAAUACUACUGUAACAUGUUUGGCUUUUUUAUUUCUUAUUCUGUGCUGUAUGCUGUAACAAUUUUCUAUGCAAAGAAAACCUCUGCAGAUGUCACUGAUUAAAAAAGUAUUCAUUUUUUGAA